AUGCAGUCGGCUGUUUUAAAUGAAGGUAGAAGGUGUGCCUAUUUGGAACCUCCAGCAGAGCUCUCAACACUUCAGAAUGGAAAUGCCAUUGGCUCUGUCCAGCACUGCCUAAGGACAAAGUGCUGCUAUGGGGCAUUUCAGCUGCUGGAAGGCCAUGUCAUACCUGUUAUGCAAGCCUGCACUGAAGCUGAUACCUUGUGUUGGGAGUCUCAAUGUGUCUUCACCAGUCUGAAAGCCCUCAACUACACAAUUUGUUAUUGCAACUCAGAUCUGUGCAACUCAAACAUCUCCAAGAUGAUGACAGAUUCCGCCAAUGAGUUGCAGGUUACAGGUGGGCUGCGGGUGCUCAUAGGUUUGCUGUGUCUGCUGAUGAUCCUUGUGAUUGCCCUAAUUCUGUGGACGCUGCAUGUCAAGCGAAAGACUCCUUCACCUUUCUGUUUUGGACCCUUCCAGUGCCUCUUAGAUUUUGUACCUACGGGAGGAACUACCAAUGCAGAGGAAUCCUCAUCCCAGAUGCUCCCGGCUCUUCAGCAGGUAAAAGUGGACACAAUGCAUCUGUCUGGAAUAUCGCAGGAUGAAAUCCUGGACAGACACCGCCUAGACCUCAGCAGCCUGGAGCUGGCUCAGGUCAUCAGCAAUGGGCGCUUUGCCACCUUAUGGAAGGGCUCCCUGGAUGGGGCAGCUGUGGCCCUGAAGAUUUACCCAUCAAGUGCUUGGCGCCCCUACAACAAUGAGACAGAAGUUUACAAACUGCUGCUUUGGGAACACAGCAAUGUGGCGAAGUUCAUCGGGAUGGCACGAAGACAGGAGAGCGGUGAGCUGCUGCUGGCCCUGCAGUUUGAGGAAAAUGGCUCCAUGAAGUCCUUCCUGUCACAGAACAGCAACAACUGGGCUGACACGGUGAAAAUGCUCCUGUCACUUUGCCAAGGCCUGGCCUUCCUUCACACAGAGAUCCACCGAGACGGUUUGUACAAGCCGGCCAUAGCCCACCGGGAUCUGAGCAGCACAAAUGUGGUGGUCAAGGCUGACCGAACCUGCGCCCUCUCCGAUUUUGAGUCGGCAGCCAUACUCUACCCUCGUGGUGCAGCCAAGGAUGGACUAAAUGUGACAAACCUGCACGAGGUGACAAAUCUGGUGGCUCACCGAAGCUUUAAAAAGGAAGAUGAUGAAGUUCACAAUGACUUUGGGGUGUGUACACAGGUAGGAACGCCACGGUACAUGUCUCCAGAGAUACUGGAUGGAACGCUGAAUUUUCAGGAUCCUUCGUCUUCACUGAAGCAGGCAGAUGUCUACUCUCUGGCUCUACUACUCUGGGAAAUCAGUAUGAGAUGCAUUGACUUUUACUCGGAUGGCUUGGUGCCAGAUUACAGAAUGGCAUAUGAGAAAGAGUUGGGGGCCAACCCUUCCCUCGAUGAGCUCAUUUCACUGGUGUUGGACCGAGAGAGGCCUGUUGUGCCAGUGGUCUGGAAGGAGACAUUCCUGGGAUUUUCCAGCUUGAAGGAGGUCCUAGAGGAUUGCUGGGAUCAUGACCCCGAGGCUAGGCUGACCGCCCAGUGUGUAGAGGACAGAUUGACAGCACUGACAGCUAACCAUCCAAAACCUUCAGGCAUAUGCGUAUGGCCGGCCAUUGUGAAGGCUCCCAGACAGGCUGGUGCUGCAGGUCAACACGAGAGAAGCAACACCUGGGGGCAUAGCAGCACCUCAACAGAACUCCAUUACUCAGCCUGUUAAGCUCACCUUGAGUGCCAACAGAACACCAGCAAGAGUGACAACAGAGGACACCGGGGAAUCUAGACUGAGUGGCAUCAGAGAAAGACAAU